UAUCGGAAGUAAGAAUUCAGUUGAACGCCAACGUUACGAUCGGAUGAAACUGUGAGCUUCCGAUUCUGCUUUGUCGUCAUAUACUCAUGUUUUGUUUUUGCCAAGCUGUUUUUAGUCUGAAAUAUGGACAGCGUACGCUAUUUAUCUUAUCAUCAAUGGAAGGAAAGUAAGGGCGACGCAAGUGUUACGUAUCAUCAGAGACUGCUUGCCAACGUCGAAGCUCUUGAGACGAAUGUCGGGGCGAUAGACAAACUGAUAACUGGUUAUUUAGACGCUACAAAAGGUUUCUGUGGGGCUGGUUCCCAACUAGCGGAAGCAUUUUCAACGGUUUUGAAAGAAACGCCGCUUUUGGAGAUUUCUCAACAGCUGAAACAAGUCGUAGAAGAAAUCGAUCAUGUCGCUCAUAAGUCGAGUGUUCAUAUCACGAGUAGUCACAUUUUGGGAACGCUUUGCGAGUUCACGGCUACUUUGCCUGGUCUAAGGCGAGCCAUUGAAGCGCAUAAGAGAAGUGUUCAGAAUUACGAAUCGUGUCAAGAAAACUUGGAGUGGUUAGAGCGAGACGAUAGCUUUGUAAACAGUGACGGAAAGCGACUCAAAACAACCAGACAAAGAUUCCGUGCUGCGACCGAAGAACUUACGAAUGAAGAGGAGAAAUUGUACAGAAGCUUUUCAGAAGUGGAGGAAAAUCGAGUGAAGAUGUUAGGAUCUUGUUUCCUUUCACUCCUUCAAGUGCAGUCUCAGUUCUUGUCAUCAUCAGCUGAUCUGACGACAUCGUUGGGGGGGUUCCAUGAGAUUGGUGACUAUCUGCGGGACAGAGAAGUCACCCUGGCUCUCAAAGAUGCCACAGCAACAUGGCUGUCACUUGCCCAAUCAAACCAAGCUUUGCGUCAAGGAGAGAUGUUGAGUCGGGAACAGUUGCAAUUCUUAACAUUGGGUGCUCAAGGAGAACUGGCUGAUCCAGAGAUGAAAGAACUAAUUCUGAAAGUCAACAAUUUGCUCAAGAAUUACAAAAAGGUGUUUGAUCAAGCUCCUACACCAGAAGCAGACAUACCUGCUGGCUUCCACAGGAAUCCCAGAGGAAUAGAGCUGGCUCUAAAGGGUUGCUGUAGUGAGGUGGAAGCUAUGGCUGCUGGUGGUGUCACAGAAGCUGUUACUGCUCAAGAAAUGGAGCAACAGAUUCUGAAGCAAAUUCUAAAAUUCCAACUAAAAAUUGGCCAUGUGUUGACAGAAGUUUGUUUCUCUCCAAGUAAAGCCAAUGACAACUACAAAUCUAAGCUGCACUGUAUCAGAGACCUGGUUAGUUCUGUGGCAAAGCAGAAUGACAUUCCCCUUAAUCGUGACACCUUGGAUAUGUUUGUGCUGAUGGUGCUGUAUGAAGCCUAUUCUCCAGCAUGCAGUUCUGCUGCCAAAACAGCUGUACAGCUUCUGUUUGGGAGAGCGCAUUUGGUAACAGCUAAACCAAGCAAAGAGAAAAACACUCGGCUGGCCCAAGUGUAUGUAAAAGGAACAUCCAUUCAUGUAGAGGUCUCUACCACAUGGAUAAUCACAGAAGAUUCCUCCACCUUUGCUUGCCUGUCUAAGGAAUUGGACUUCCCCUGUCCUCUGGGAACAGUCGAUGCUGUUUACACAUCUAAGUUUAGUUUGAUGGAUUAUCUGGAGGACAAAGAAAGGCCUUUGCCUGCAAUUCACAUAAAGCGUCGUAACCUUUCCAAGUCUCCACCCUUGUUGACCAAACUUGAUAUAUCACCAAAUCAUAAGCACAAGAGCUUCAGAAAGACCUUUACUAAAGCCACAUCCAAGAUAUUUUCUCGGAAGUCUGUGACAUCCAAAGCAGUCAAUAGUCUGAAUGCUGUGGUAGAUGCAAGUAAUCAAAAUGUUCUGUCUGGGGCCAAGCAGGAGUUGUCAGGUUACCGAACGUCUGUUGCAUCCAGCACUGACACAGGAGAGGAACAUGACACAGACAUUGAUGACCCAGCCCCUCUUCCCCCACCACGCCCACGUCGCUGGGCAAGGAGGGCUAAGGAACAAUCUAUGGCUCCUGAAAGUAGCAGUUCCACCUCAGGAAAGAUUGUUGAAGAGCCAAAUAAGGCUGAUGAUCCUUUGUCACCAAGUGAUUGGUCAAAGUCUGUUCCACAGUUUCCUCUGCCAACCUUUAAAAGUACGGUGCCAUACUGUCAGAGUGAAUUGUCUCUGGCUUCACAAGAAGAACUCACAGAUGUGAUUAACUUCCUCUCUGGUGCACCAAUCAAACAUCGACUAAUAUCAGAUGAUGAUGCCAAUGCAAGCAUGGCAGAAAGCCACAUGACCCCAAUUGACAGUGGCCUGGGAAGUAUUUACAGUGUACCUUUGAGCAACAUUACUGUUCCCAGUUCUGCAGCUGCAUGUCCAAGUGAAGAAACUGAAUACAAGGAAUCAUGCAACAAGAGUCAGUCAGAAACGAAGGAAAGGAUAAAAACCCCAGUGCUUGAUUUGUGUGAGGGGAUGAACUCUUCCAAGGGAACUAUGGUCACCACGGAAACACAGACCUCACCAUCAACUGAAACAUGCCCAGUUUUGUUUGUCAAAUCAGCUAAUUCAGACAAUGAAAGCCAACCUCAGCAAAAACUGCUGGCGAAGGACAAUGGAGGAGAUGGUGUCUACAAUCCAGUCCUGGAAUUACCAUCAGAUAAUGCAAAGUCCAAAAGUGAAAUUAAGACUUGUCAUGAUGCUGAAAAGAAGACCGACACUCCCCACCCAGUUUCACCAUCACAAGCAAAGCAAGAUGGUAGUGAUUUGAGCAUUAAGAAUGCAGACGUUGUCUCCACAGCUGACACACCCACAUUGAGAGUCACACUUGACCAACACUUAAAGCAAAGCAAGACACCCAGCCCAGUUUUGGUGACUGUGAGCUCUGAAGAGUGUCCUGAUGACAAAACAGUGACCAUCAGCGAGAGCCUUAGGAGUGUGUGGGAGAAUGCUAGCCCUCCAUCAGAUCCUUCAGACACCAUUCUAGAGGGCUCAUUGCUUCACAAGAAAGACAUACACGGAUCGCAGGACACACUCUACCAUAGCUGCUGGUCUCUGUCUGAUUUCCCAGGAAAUGAGAAAAAUGAUGAGGCUAAUGAAGAUGCUAAGAGUCUGAAUGAGAGUUUGCUGCCCAGUAAUUCAGGUCCAGGACUGAUGGACCUUGGUUUAAAGUGGUCCAGUUAUGGAAGUAGUAUCCAUGGCAACCCAGUAUGGGCCAACAUUCCCAGUGCUUCUGCUAGCAAUUGGAAUCAGUCCCAGGAAUCCCUUACCGCUGAUGGAUCAGGAAGAGGAAAGACUGUGUUCUCUCUUGGACUUGGGAUUACUGGACCAGACCUGCUAGCUGCUGCUCGGGGAGGAAGCUGCGAGGCAAUGCCGACAGAGAGUGUCUCCUUUAUACCAAAUAUCGGAAAGCCCUGGAGUGUGGAAGACUUGGCGCAAAAGGUUAAUAAUCCGUGGUCUUCUCGAGAUUCCUCCCCUCCCCCGCUGUGGGCUAAGACAGCAUCAUUAACGGAAGACACUCUGAGGCCUUCCCACCAUCGGCCUCCGCUUCCUCCGCAGCACUACAGUGACCCUUUUCCACCAAGGGAGAACUGGUGGCCUCAGGGGAGGGGUGCUGUACCUUUAGGAUAUCCCCACCCCUCCUCUGCACGGUACCAUACAAACCUUCAGCGUCAACGUGCUUUUGACAAUAUGCCAUACGGGAAGCUGGGUACUUUGCAUCGUGGCCGCGGUACAGCGGGCGCACAAUCGGCAUUCCAACCGGUUCCAACAAGUUUUCGUAAGCAAGGUCAGAAGUUACCGCAGGCUCACCUUCAGGUACCAUCACACUAUGGAGCAGGGCAUGGAUCCCAAUACAAGUCAAAUCCCCGCUUUUAGUUCUAGUGGGAGUUAAGUAGAUGUAAACUUGUCAUCUUUAGCAGAGCUAGGUCAUUAUUUAUCGCCGGGUGAGGGAUGUUGGAAGAUUUCGGAAUUUCACGAUAAAAAAAUCUGAUUUUCCCUCGUCCCAAGGACUCUGAUUUUGCUAUGACCCCUCUCCCCCAUUGCCAAUUGAUUGGUAGGUAAUUUUACAAAGCCGCCCCCCCUCCUUAUACUUUGUUGGCACGACUGUUUCCCACACCACCCCCUCUGAAAACCACUUGUGUCUUGCCAAGGCGUUUAAUAAUGACUGCUCUCUUAGUAACUGAUGUAUUAUUUAACCUGUGUUCUUAAUUCUUUUUGGAGAGUCCUCAAAUUACUGUUGUGGUAGACAUUAUACUACCUUAAUUCUGUACCCGAUGAGCCGAAAAAAUGUUUGCCGUGGCAGAUCUAGGGGAGGGGCAAGGGUAAAAAAGUAAACGCAGAGGGAAGAAAAGCCGGCAGUUGAACGCACACGAGCAAAAACGACCCACCCCCUCCUCCCCCUUCCCUUAGCUCAAGGUCUGGAUCCGCUAUUGGCUUGCAUAGUCUCGUGGAAGAGAAGAUAAUUGUGUUCUUUUCGGCUAGAACCAGUUACAUUUGUUCCAACCAGUAGUCACCAAAGCAUACGUUGUUUCCUACAAGUAACAACGUUCUGCCAGAAAGAGAGGUGAUGAAAAUGAAUAAGUUUACACCAAGUUGUUAAAACCAACUUUAUAAGAUUUGUUUCAGUGUUAGUUGGGAAAUAGAUUAGUUUUGAGAUCUUGAUGAUUGGAAGGGUUAAAGGAUCGCAUGAAGUAAGAGAUGAUUAAUUAGUUAUGGGACUUGAAAUGACUUUUAUAUAGGCUUGAAAUGCCAAUAUCUCGGAUAUCAUAAUUAGGUUGUUAAGAGUUCAUACUGAUAAAAGUUAUAUUUGAAUGUUAUUUUUGGAUAAGUGAUCUUUUAUUGUAUAAACAACUGAGAUUUAAUUGAAAAGCAAGAUGUAAAUGUGAAGUAAUAAGAGCUAAUUACGGAUAGCAUUUGAGGACAUUCAGCAGUUAGGCGAGGAUGAAAGGGCAAGGUGAAGUCAGUGAAGUUGUUCAUCGAUUGCAAGUAUUUUUCGGUUACAAGAAGCCGUAGCUUUGAAAGAGUUACUUGGAACGCGGGCGCACCAGGUGGCUCACAUGGGAUAAAGAUAUAACCUGUGGAUCAGGAAGUUAGGCAAGGCUCUUGUGCAUCGUACGAUUUGCCUUUGAAAUCUAGGAAAAUCGCGUCUUUCUUUUGGCUGGUUUGAAAUAUUUUACUGAUUCAAAGAAGAAAAGAAUUCUUGUCUCUUAGCAGAAAGAACAUUCCUUUUAAGAGGCCAGUCUUUUUAUAUAUUAGUUUGUUCAUUUUUGCCCUCUUUUUUACAUGCACUGCGUGACCGUGAUUUGCUAAACUGUUUUUUUAUAAAGCUUUUUAUGUUAUUUUUUUUUUUACGUUUGUUUGCUGCUGGUGGUGGUGGUUGCCUUUUUUUUUUUUAUUUGUUACGACCAAAGUAUUGAUGGUUUCGCUUUUUUCGGUCAAAAGGACCUGUAUGGUCGCUUAUAUUUGAUGGUUGUCAUGGCAUUCUUGCUAGCCCAUCCUAGUUAAAUGCACAUCGAAAGGAUACUACUGCUGAGUGUUGUCUGAAGUCUUAAUUUUGUUUUGGCUUAUAUAAUAGGUAUGUCAUUUAUGAGUUCUUUAUUCAUUGCUUCGAUAUACCACAUGACCUUAUUGUAAUUUUUAUUGUAGAUUUAUAGUUUUGACUUUCAUCGCGCUUAUUUAAUCAGGAUCAACGUGUAAAGUUUUAAGAUCUUAAUUUAAUAUCAAUGUUACUUUGACUAUGUUAAUUGAGUAAACUGCCUUCAAUUUCGUAGAUUUUAGGGAUAAAAAGGUCGCGCUAUUUUUGGUGACACUCCACUCAGUGGAUAGUGUGUAUUCAAAUUAACAACCGGAGGUUUAUUAUUUGGAAAAAAAAUUCAGAUAUUGUGUUUUCAUUUCCAUUGGUUGAAAGACAAGAAGGAUGCGCCGUCUUAGUGACCUGGCCCUUCGAGGUGGCGCGUAGAAGCCUGGUAAUGAUCUGCAUUAUCUUCUAGAUUUGUAUCAACAAACAAAGUUCAGGAUUGUUAUGGAAUGAUGGUGACGUAGUGUUAUAUCUUUGCAACACUCAGUGAGCUGUAUAAAAGUAUUGAAGCUAAGGAGAGUUUUGAAAGUCAUUUAAUGGGGCGUGUUGUGUUAGCCACUCCACCUAAGACUUGAACCGCAGGCUCAGUCAGGACUGGUACGAAUUCUUCGACUUUUUCACGUAACGGUUUAACAGCACGUGACCAUCAGGAAAAGCGCGGGUCGCACUGAACGAGAUUAGUAGAAAUGCAUUUGUUCAAAUGCUACAUAAAGUAGGGACCAGGCUGAAGUUAGAAGCUAUCUUUACUUUAUUUUGAAAAUAAUUGCGGCGAUGCUACGCUCGCCCUAAUUUUUCUCAGAUAUAUUGCUUAUUAAGCCGGUAAACCAAUAAAAACACCAAAAUGAUAAAGCUAUGUUAGUUAGGUAAGUUCCUGCACUUUCUAUCAGAUUACUGGUAAAUUAACCCACUUAGGUUAAUGGAGGAAGAAGAGUAAAGAAUAGUUGACUUUUCUUGUUACUUCGUGGGUUAUUAGACCUAUUAAGCUAAUUAACACAUCGAAAGAGAGGUCCAUUGCUUAAUUGACUGAUGUUUCUUGAAGUUUGAUCACAUUAGUUGUUAGGAUAAUAAGGAAGAAUGAGUUUAAGACUGGAAGUGUAAUAAAACAAAGUAUUAUUUGAA